UUCACGUACUAGUUUCGUUUAACUUCAAUAGAAGUAGGGACUGUUCGGAUCAGAUACGUUUAUGCAACGAUUGUAUGUCCGUAUUUUAAUUCACAAAUUGAUAUCGAUAUCGCUGAUUUUAUCGUGAAUAUUAAUAAUUUGAAUUGUAAAUCACAAUAACUAAAAUUUUGGAAGAUAUCAAAGCUAUCAAUGGCAGAAGAAGAAAGGAUAUCAUUUGUUUCAGAAAAAAAUGACACAGAUGCUUCUCAAUCAAAAGAUAUUCUGGAAGAACCAAAUCCAGAUAUCUCUAUCUCCUUGUUGGACAUACAAAUGCCAGAAACACCAGAUAGUACUAGAGGUCAAACAAGCGAUGGUGAUACAUCAAGACUGGAGAGUCCAAAACCAGUGAAACCAGUACUUGGAAAACUUCAAGCAAAGAAACGAUUAAUGGCAUUUGCUAAUCAGUUCAAAGUAUUGCCUAAAUCCCAGGUUAAGCCAAAUUUGUCUUAUCAUUCUACUGGAGCUUUAAAGACAAAGGAUAAAAGUGUUCAGGAUGAUAUAAAUAAAUCAAGAAAGAAGACAGAGGAAAAAAUUCUGGCUAUUGAAGAAAUUCGAAGAGAGGAAUCUAAAAGUAAAAUGUUACUUGCAGAAGCUAGAGCUGCAGCAAGUAUAGAAGACGAAAAUCAUACUGGUAAGAAUAUAUCUAGUUUACUCAAAAGUAAAAAACAUAUGAGAGAGAAAACUAAACAUGAGGAAAUAAAAAGUGAUCGUAAAAGUAGAUCAGUGGAUCGAAAAUAUUCAGAAAGGCCUCGACAUCAUGACAAAAUUAAUAAAGAUAGUUCAAAUCAGGAUGUUAAAAAUCGAAGUGGAAGUAUUGAACGUUUUACACAAAAAUUAUCUCAGAAUAGAGGAAAGCAUAAGAAAGAUAAGAAAAAGAAAAACGAUAAAGAAAAACAAAGUAAUAGCAAAACAGAUACAAAUCGUGACAAGAAAGAAGAAAAGGAUAAAAAAGAGGUAAAAGAAAAAGAAGAAGAGACAAAAGAAAAAACUGAAACAACAAAGAAUAAGAAAGAAAAUAUAAAAGAAAGACGAACUGAUAUGUCGGAAAUGGAAGUAGAAAACAAAGAUAAAAAAGACAAAGACAAAUGGAAAGAAAAGGUAUUAUUAAAAAGUAACUCAUGGGCGGAAGUGCGAAAAUCUGGUUUAAGUUUUGAUGAUGUCAUUCAUCUUAGAAGACGUAAUAAUUCAGAACGACCUGUAAAAAUCAGGACUACGCAAGAUUAUACACGUUAUUUUGAACAAAUGUUAAUGUUAAGUAAUCACCGUCUAAAACGUCAAGCAUUAAUAGCCGAGGGACUUGAUGGACCCAAAAAGUAUCCACCUGAAUCGAUUAAGUUGACGAAACGAGCAAGAGGACUUCAGUUAUUAUAUUGUGAAAAUCCGCGUACAUCUCUAUUGUUGGGUAUUUCGCAACUUUUACAAGCUGUUACUCCGGAACGUCGUGAGAAGAUACGAGACAUUUGUGAAGCGUCUUUACCACGGAUUGAUACAGAAGACACAGUACAGCAAAAGCGUAAUUGGUAUCGACAAAUAAAUACGAUUAACUAUCAUAAAGAUACCAGGUGGCAUAUGACUAUACAGCUUCCUAAGUCAAAAUGGGAUAGUGAAGAUGAGGAAAUAUCGUCUAUCAAUGUAACAAAAGAAGAAAUUGAAAAAUCAGUAAACAAACUACAUAUUUCCAUAAAUCAACAAGAGAGAUGUUCUACAACGUCUAGUAUAACGGAUGAAGGCAAAAUUGAUAACAAUGUUGAAGACAUUAAAGAAGAUAUUAAAUCUAGUGAAAAGAUCGAAAACGAAACGAUUAAUGAAUCUUCUACGUCUUCUUUGCUACAGCCUACUGGAAAUGAGAAGCUAGCUUCUGAAUAUGAACAAUUUAUGAAGAUGGUGUGUACUGCAACUGAUGGAACUAAAAAAUAUUCUCCAAAGAAAAAUCCUGUUAAAUCUACUUCUCCAUAUAGUUAUCAUGAAUUCAAUAUAGAAUCUAAUUUAGCUGAAGAUAAUAUAGAAAUACCAUUAAAAGAGGAAUUUGAAGAAAAAAAUAAUCUAGAAACUCUAGAAGAAUCGACAAAGAGUACAGAAUGUGAGGAGUUUACUGUAUCAACAGACUGUCAAAUACAAGCUAAUGAAAAUAUUGAACAAAUUGAAUAUACAAACGAAAAUGAUGAAUCUCAGGAUUCCAAAUCAAUUCCAAGUGAUUGGGAGAAUGUUAGAAUCAAAGUUGAACGAUUGAGUGAUGAGAAUACUGAAUUGAGAGAAGUAAAAAAAAAGAAGAAAAAGAAAAUAUCCAGCAGUGACUCAUCUAGUACUAUUACCUCUUCGGAUUCAGAAAAACAAAAGAAAAAAAGGAAACGCAAACGGAAAGUACCAAGUAAUUCAUCGUCUUCCGAUUCUGAUAGUACAGAUAGUACUAGCAGUAGUGACUCUAGUAGUUCGGAAGAAAGAAGAAAAAGAAAACGGAAGAAAAAGAGAAUUGGAAAAAAAAGGAAAAAGGUGAAACGCAUUGCUCGAAUAAAAAAAAAGCGAAAGAGAAAAAUGAGCACGGAUUCUAAUAGCAGUGAUUUAGAUGAAUGUACAAAAAAGAAGAAAAGGAAUAAGAAGAAAACAAUGGACACAAAAUCUAUUAAUGGAAAUAUAAGAAAGAUAAUAUCGAAAUCUCCUGUAAUAGCUUCAUCGGAUGGAACAAAGAUAUUGCAGUCAAUGACUCCAAUAAGGAAGAUAAAAGAAGAAGUAGCAGGUGAAGAUAAAAAGAAGAUUGACGAGGUUAUGUCAACGAACAGUACUAUUAUUGAUAUGAGUGUACGUGACAAUGAAUGUUUAAAACAGAGAAAGGAAAGAAAAGAAGAUAAGUCUGACGAAAGUUUCAUGGAACAAUGGGAAAUGGAUUCUAUGACAAAGCAACAAAAUGAUGGUGAAACCUCAAGUCAAGAUCAUGGUGAAGAAUUGGAAAAGAUGGAUGGCUUAGAGAAGAAUAAAUAUCGAAGAAAAAGAAAGCACAGUCGAGAUAAUAUUGACCAAGACAAAGCUAAAGCCAAUGAAGAAAGAAUUUAUGAAGGAAAAGUAAGAUCAGAUGAGGAAAUUGAAGCAAAGAGAAAGAAAAGAAAAGAAAAAGAUAUUAAAAGUAGCGGUGAGUUUCUUGCAAACUGGGAACGGGAAAGUGAGCGUAUCACUCAACGAAUACAAAACGAAGAUAAGUAUUUAAAAAAAUUAGGGAAACAGAAAAAGGAGAAAUGGGGGGAAACAGAUUUUGAUACAUUAAAUGUGCCAUCUCUGACACAACUUGAAAAAGAGGUGCAUCAAAAGCAACUUCUGGCAGAUGAGUGGGAAGUGGAUAGUUUAGAAGCAAUAUCAGAUCUAAACAUGAGUAAACGAAAACAUAAUCAGAGUUUAUUAAAAAAAACAGAGAAAGAAGUGAAAUAUGAUAAAAAGACAGAUACCUACAUUGCAAUAGAAAAAGAAGGCGUAAGAGAAAUGAAAAAAAAGCAAGAACGUCUAUAUGCAAUAAGAAUAUGGGAAGAGGAGCAAGAAGAAGGUGAAAGAGAAGAAAUGAUGCUCCUGGAACAAAAGAAUAAAACAAAUGAUUGGGAUAUAGAAGAAAAAUCUCUGUUUUGUAAGACUACCAAAGAAAUGGAAGUUUGUAAAGUUAAUGAUAUUGCUGCAAUACAGAAAGAGUGGGCUACAACAGAAGAAAAGAAAGAUAUCAAGAAAGAUACGAAUAAGUUAACUAUGAAGUCAAAUAAACGAGUUAAAAAAAGUCGUUGGGACAUAGGUUCUCAAUCUGAAGAAAAAUCGGAAGCUAAAAAUAUGUGGGAGGAAGAAUAUGUCGAAUGGUCCAAAAGUAAGUGUGAGCAAGAAUUUGAAGAAACAAAGAAAGGAGAACCUUGUCUUGUGGAUUAUUCGGAAAGUUCUAAUAAAUCAGAGCUGACAGAUUUCUAUCACAGAAAAUCACAAAGUAGAGAAUCAUUGGAAAGAUCAUGGGCAUCAGAUGAAGUGGCGAUCAGACCUAUACAAGCAAAGAAAGAUGUAUUAAUAAAACAAUCAACUUUUGCGAAAACAAGUGAAGAACAGUUUGUAUCCAUCAAGGAGCAAUCUAGAGAUAAAUUUAAAGAAAUUUCGGAAACAGAUGUAAAAUUGAAAGAGAAGACCUAUAAAGUAGAACUAUACAGUCCUAGUUCCCCAGCACUUUCUCAAAAGGAUGCAGAAAUAUCUAAUGAAAACAGUUCUAAUUCUCUACUCCGUGAAAAAAGAAAGAAAGAAGUGUUAAUUACAGCAGAUGAACUAUUAGUUCCCAUGUCUGGAAUACCUUUGCAAUUAAUAAAACGUGAUACUAAACAUAUGUCAAGUGAAAAGACAGAAAGUAUUUUAAACAAAAUGCAAUUGGAGGAUAGAGAUUCUACUCAUAAUUUUGACAUUAAAACAACUGAUAAUUUAUUUGAUAACAUUUCAAUAAAUGAAUCGUGCUUAAAAAUACAUACCCCUGAACAUAUAGAUAUUUUUGCAGAGUAUGGAUCAGAGAAGUCAUGUGAUAAGCAGCAUGCUACAAAUUCCAAUGUGAACUCAGCAACGCAUACAAAAGAUGAUGAGGUGAAUGAAGGAAAGAAUGCACUUAAACUUAUCCCUAAGCAACUCUUGAUUCGUCGUACUAACGAACAAGUAAAAUCAAAACGUAUUUUGGAAACACCAUUACAGGAUCCUGCUCAACAUGCAGCAGCCUUAUUGACAAUACAAAAAAAAUUAUUAGAGUCACACGCAUUGAAGAAUGAUAUCAAAGAAUAUCCGAACCAAAAACAGAUAGAUCAUUUUGAACAGAAAUAUAGUAAUAGAGAUACAGUAGUGAGUAACAGUAGAACUGAUAAUACAUUACUAGAUACAACUGAAUUUUCCGUGGUUUCCAAAGCGUCAGUAAUAGCGAUACGACGAUCGAGAUCCCCGACAUUGGAAAAAGAUCUCUGUUCGAUUUCUGUUCGAUCUGAACAAUCUGAACACUACGACAGAGAAAACAAGAACGAUGAUGUGAAGAGAUAUAAAACUAAUCGUAAUCUAAAUGAAAUUAGUGCUUCAUCGAAUAUACGAUCUCCUGUCUGGGAACACAGAAAGAGAAGUCCUAGCAAGAAAGAAAGUGAAAAACGAUAUUCGCAUGAUAAAGACAAGAAGGAAAAGAAAUCUGAAAGAACAUCUGCAGAUGUAGACAAGCCUGACAGAAGGGAUAGUAGAAGUUCCAAAGCAGAUUUUGCAGAUAGGAGAAGGUUUAGCCCUUUGGCACGAGGAAGAAGAAAAAAGAGCCGAAGUCCCUAUGUCUCAUGGGAACGUCAAGGGAGCGGAAGUAGAAGUUCUGGUCAUAGUUGGAGUAGAAGUCGUAGUAAAAGUCCAAAGAGGAAGGACGACUCUGUUGUCAGUACGCGAGAUAAAGAUAAAGAUAAAAAAAGAGAAAAAUACGACGAUGAGCGAUCAUGUAAAAUGAGAACGGAUGAAAGAAAAGAAAGAUACACGCGAUCUCCAUUACGCUUUGGUUAUGAGGAUAACUUUAAAAAACACGGCAUUGCAUCUUCUAAGGACAAUCGUAAUGAUUGGGGUAGGAGAAGACAUGACAAUAUGGAUCAUGAGAAAGAUACUAGAUUGUAUGACCCAAUAGAUAUUUUGAGGGAAAGAACAAUGGAAUCUGAAAAAUAUCGAGACAAUAGGUUUCACAUAGAAGAAUUAGAUCAUACGUGGCAAUAUGAAAGCAACAGUAUUUUACGAGAUGGUAACGAAUCUAUGGAUUCGUACACUGGACAGGAUUUGCCUCUUGAAUAUGAUGAUCGAUCGUAUUAUAGAGAGGGAAGUCUGGAAAGGGAUAUGAUACAAUCUUCGCCUCAAUUGUCAAAAUACAGGAGGAGAUCUAAUGUAAAAAGAGAAUGGGGGAAGGACAUAGAUUCUCCAAAUUUAGAUCGUCAUUCUGAUCACAGAAUACGAAAUCGAACACAACGAUCGAGGUAUUCGCCUGUACGACAAGAACGAUUUCGACGAAAAUCAAGAUCGCGCUCUUGGUCACCACUAAGAUCCCAAUCUCGAUCGAGAUCGAGAUCGAGGUCAGGAUCACAUUCUAGAUCGACAUCGAGAUCAAGACUCAGGAUGAGAUCGCAAUCGAGAUCGAGGAGCAGAUCUCCGUUCGAUACAAGAUCGAGAGUGAAAUCUGUUUCUAUGUCAAGAUUAAAAAGCCCGGAACAUUUAUUUAGAAUGUCGGAAUUACAAUCUUCCAGAUCUCCUUCACCUGGAAGCGAUAGACUAAACGAAACAGGAAGGGAAACAAAGAACGAUGACGAAAACAAUAAGUUCAGCACUUCUGGCGAAAGGGGUAGACGUAUAGAGACCAUUAUACAUUCGGGGAUUAUAUCAGGAACGAGUAUUUUAGAUUCAGAAAUGGGUAUCAAUAGUAAUAUGGAUGCAACAAACUUCCAAUACUCAAAUGAGAUUGAAGGCGAAAAUGAAUACUAUUAUACAGAGAAUAAUUUGACUUAUCCUCCUUGUAUAGAUGAAUCAUCUACAAGCUCCCCGAAACGUUUAUCUCUUGACGAUAGAUUAGAAUUAGAAUUAGGUAUUAAAAAGCAACAGAACAAGGACUCUACUGGUAUAACUUCAGAAUAUUCUACAAAUUUCAAUCCUAAUGUUAUUGCGUAUCCAUCUCCUCCACAACAACAACAAAUGAUGUACAGACAGCAGCCUACUACCGUUGUACAAGUUGGAAAUGUCCUACAAGUAGUCCCUGCUGAUUUCAAUAGCGUGCAAUCAGCGCGUCGCGAAGUAUCUGCUACAGUUACGACUCCGCCCUUACGAUCCAGUCAAGUGGUUCGCGUAGGUAACGUUCUCCAAGUAGUACCUACGUCAUUAGAUUGGAGUAGCAGCAGUAAUAGCGGCGGCGGCGGCAGCAGCAGCGGCGGCCAAUCUUCGAUAGGUCAAUCAAAUGUAGUUUUAUAUUCCUCAGCUGUCCCGGUACCUUCACCUUCGGCGCCCAUGUCAGUACCUGUCCCCGUUCCCGUUCCAUUACCUGUGCCACCAACCUUACCGGCCACGACAAAUACUCUCGCCCCCGUUGUAACUAUGUCAUCUAUUACGUCACUGCCGCUAUCAUUGCCAGUACCUGUUCCAGUGCCGGUUCCAAUUCCCUCCGCGACAGUAGCAGCGUUCCCAAGAAACGAGAUUCAGCCUCAAAAAAUAAUUCAACCCGUGUAUAACUAUGAAGCUAUACUCGAAACACGCCGUAAGGAACAAGAAGAGCGUAAACGAUUACGCGAGUUACGCAGGAAAGAGAAAGAACGUAGAAAGAUAGAACGGACUAAUCGACGAGCUUUGCGAUUAUUGGAAAAGAACAAUACAACAUCACGACAAAUGAGUGGAUUAUUAGAUCACCGUAAGAGUUCGAUUGUAGAUUCAUUAGUCCUGAAAGCAUUGAAAGAAGGAGAUGAACAAACUGAAUCUCCAUUAGUUAAUCCUAUAAAAGAAGAGGAGGCAACAAUAUCUAUUAAAGAAGAAGAUGAAGAUAUCACUGUGGAUGAAGAAGAAGAAGAAGAUGAAGACGAGAUUGAGGUCGAGGCGGAAGAUGAUGAGGAAGAGGAAGAAGAAGUAGAGGAUGAGGAUGAGGAUGAUGGUGACGAUGAGAAACCAUUACAAAUGAUUAAUCAGCGAAUUGAAAUUGACGAAGCGAUAACAACGUCUACUGUUACAACUAAAGAUCAGACAGAAAAUGAUACCAGGAAGGAAUGGUUGAUGUUGCCACCUCCACCAUUAAAAGGCAUUUUGGUUGUACCAGGAUUUAGUCCCAAUGGUAACUUGGAUUUAUCAGAUACGGAUAACAAUGCAAAAGACAGUAACGACAAAGAUGGAGAGAUAGAUACGAAUAAUGAAUACGAUAAAGACAUACGAUCUGACACCAAAUCUGGUAAAUCAAAUUUAGCAAAACUGAAAAAAGCAAAGAGAAGCAAAAAGUCAGUUCAAUUUGCUGAUGGUGUGAAACCUGGUGAAGGAACUAGUCCUAGCGGUGGCGAAGGUGAUAUGCCUUCACCCCCUCCACCCAAGGGGAUAGAUUUCCGCGAAGGACUGGGAGAUUUGAGAAGGGACAAAAUUUACAAUUCUCGAAAGAGCAGAAAACAGGAAAAAAGGACGAAACCACUAAAGGCAAAGAAAAAGGUCAAGGUAAAGAUAAUCAAGUUGGAUAAAAAACCACGCAUUACUCCAUUGACAGCCAUGAUGAUGGAUGACUCUGACGAAAUGGACGAUCGUUCACCACCCCCGCCGCCCCCUGGUUCUCCUCCGCCACCUCAUCUCUGGCCCAGUUAUCUUUCAAUUUAUAACACAACGGUUCGAGCAAUUGAACAAUCACAGACUACUACUGCAACUUUGACAUCUAUUCAAGCUCCACCACCACCACCGACUCCGUUGCCUCUUCUAAUCCCGCCACCUCCGCUUAAUUAUACCAUUCAACCUUGCAGUAAAUCUUAAACUAACACUACUUGCAGCGUCGAUUUUGCAAUCUUUUUAAGUACAAGUAAUUUUUUUCUUUACAUAAAAUAUAGUAAAUUUUUAUCUUUCUUCCUUUUCUUUCUCCUUCCUUUCUUCCUUCUUUCC